AUGAAUAUAACACCAUAUUCAUCUUGGUGCACAUAUGAGGAUAUUUAUAAACGGAUACGUACACUGGGAUCAAGAUUGGCACAAGAGUUUGGUUUACAAUCCAGAGAUUUUGUUAGUACAUUCGAUAAUUCUAUUGAUCUUCAAUGUGUUAAGAGAACGGAAGAAAUGUAUCAACGAGCGCCAUUACUGAUUGAUUACGAAAUGACGAGUCAAGGAAUAAGAGAAGAUGAUAUCAAUGAUAAUUCUUAUCAAAAAGUCAAAGAUUUAAUACCUCAAAAGAUCUGGAACAACAGCUUAUAUUUAAAACAUCAAGAAUUGACUGAUCAGGAUGUCAAGUUCAUUGCAAACGAAUUCAAGCCGAACACAACUUAUAAAAUACUUGAUCUGUUUAAUAACAAUAUAACUGUCGAUGGUGUCUUUUAUUUGAAUGAAAUAUUAAAAGUUAACAAAACAUUGAUUGGACUUAAUCUUGGUUGUAAUGAAAUUGGUGAUCAAAGUGUACAAUUGUUGUUGAAUACAUUGACACAUCGUAAUAAUAAUACACUUGGAGGAUUUCACACACAAUUGCAACUGAGACUACGUACUUCCCAAGUGUAG